AUUAGGGUUCUUAGUUUUUGGAUGGAGAGAAUGGAGCGUCUACAGCGGAUGUUUUCGGGGAUGGGAGGAGGAGGCGCUGGCCCGCAUCCCGACUCGCCGCUGGUCGAUACGUCGGAGCAAGUCUACAUCUCAUCGCUCGCGCUUCUCAAGAUGCUCAAGCACGGACGAGCUGGUGUGCCAAUGGAAGUUAUGGGUCUCAUGCUAGGUGAUUUUGUGGAUGAGUACACUGUCCGGGUCAUCGAUGUUUUCGCGAUGCCGCAGAGUGGCACUGGUGUCAGCGUCGAGGCUGUAGAUCCAGUUUUCCAGACCAAGAUGAUGGACAUGCUCAAACAAACAGGAAGAUCGGAAAUGGUUGUAGGAUGGUAUCAUUCACAUCCUGGAUUCGGGUGCUGGCUUUCUGGAGUUGAUAUCAAUACUCAACAGAGCUUUGAAGCAUUGAAUCAAAGAGCUGUGGCGGUUGUCGUGGAUCCAAUCCAGAGUGUGAAAGGGAAAGUUGUGAUUGAUGCCUUCAGGCUUAUCAAUCCACAGACGAUGAUGUUGGGACAGGAACCACGGCAGACUACUUCAAACCUUGGACACUUGAAUAAGCCUUCUAUUCAGGCGCUUAUCCACGGCCUAAACCGUCACUAUUACUCGAUCGCUAUCAACUACCGCAAAACCGAGCUCGAGGAGAAAAUGCUCUUGAACCUCCACAAGAAGACCUGGACGGACGGGCUAGCUCUCCAGCACUUCGACUGCCAUUCAAAGACAAACGAGGCAACCAUCAAUGAAAUGCUCGAUCUUGCCGUGAAAUACAACAAAGCAGUCCAAGAGGAGGACAAACUAUCCCCGGAGAAGCUGGCCAUUGCAAACGUUGGCAGGCAGGACGCCAAGAAACACUUGGAAGAUCGCGUGUCCAACCUCAUGUCCUCCAACAUUGUCCAGACUUUAGGCACCAUGCUCGACACUGUGGUGUUCUAAAGCGAGGUAACCAAAAAAACUCUCUUUACUUUCUCGAAACAAAAUCCCAUCCUAGAUGAGACUUACUGAUAACAGCAUUGAGUUCUUGACUUAAGGAAACAGAUGGAACCAUGAAGUCUAGAGCUUGAGCUUCGCUUUGCCGGGUUUGAAGCAACGACAGAUGGGUGGAAUAGAUCUGGUGCAGAGGCUGCAGCUUCCACCGUUCAGGCAGUCCGCAUCCGAGCAACACUGUGAUGCGGCGCUGCAUCUUUUCGGAUUCGGGGCGUCACAGAAGCAAGUUGGAGGAAAGCUUCGGGUGCAACGUCCACAAAACUGGCCUGCCUUGCUGCAUCGCUUGGAGCCGGGGCAGCACUGGGAGUUUGGCCUGCACACCAUGGCCUGGAGAUUGGCAGCAGAGACUAGAUCAUCGCGUUGCUCAUCACCAGCAAGAGCGGCUGCAAGGCAAGAGAGAGCAAGCAAGAGCAAAACACUACGAAGUUUAUCCAUAGUUGCCGUGGAGGAGAUAGUUGGCCAUUAUAUUCUCGGUGCAUCCCACGAUUUCCACGCAUGACAUAUUCUUUAAAGUUAUUUCUCUUAGUAAA